GUUUUGAAAUGCUAGAGUUAUUUGAGGCAAUUCUUCAGCUGAGUAUUUUGUGAUGGGAUGUAACUGCGCCGAGGUCAAGACGGGCCGCGGCGCUCGCUGGGGAAGGUCUCCUAAGGGCCGCCCGGGAAUGCGCUCUGUUUACCAACUGCUCCACAUGGGAAAAACACAGCUUUCAUUCCAAAAGCCAUGGAAAACUUCUGCUGAUUAAAUCCACGCCCUCUCUCUGGGGAGGAAAACAUAAUAAACACUACCGUCUCAUCAUCCUUUUAUGCGUCGUAUGUUAAUCACCCAGCAAGGGCUCCUGGCUUUUCCCUGUUCGCGUUCGCCCUGUAACUGCGGGGAGGAGUUCUGCUUUGUCUAUAAAAAGCUGCACUUUGGAGAACAUCAUAAACAGAACCAAAUUUAGGAGUCCCUCGCCCAUCGUCUGCCGAGAGAGAAGUCAGAGAGCAACCAUGCUUGGGAUUGGAAAGAAAGUCGCCGAGGAAGCAAUGCAACAAGCUGAAAACGCUGCACAGGUGGCAGUUAACACAGCAGGCCAGACUGUGCAGCAAGUAGUGGAACAGGCGAAGGAUGCUGGUCAGAAAGCUCUUGAUGAAGUCUACAAAGUGGCUGAAACUGGUGAAAAAGCUGUAAAAAAUGUAGCGAAUCAAGCAACUGCCUGGGGGAAAAGCUUUGGACAGUGAAGAUAAUGUAACACUACUGAAAUUUUUGUAAACAAGUUUCUAUUACAUGUACUCUUAAAUAAUAAUAAAAAAAAACCUUACAAUCUA